AUGUUAAGUGCCAGAAGAAACUUACAUGCAUCUUAUCCACCUGCUUACAACUGGCCGAUGGCUCCUCCUUAUGUACAACCACCACCAAAACAGCUAUCAAAACAUCGUGCUCUUUUAGCAUUACUUGUCAAACAUUUUAGAUCAAAAAAAAUUUUAUUAGUUCUUCUUAUUGGAUUAAUUUUGGCGAGUAUUGAACUUGCUCUGGGUCAAAAAUACAAGGGUCAAUGCCCGUACCGACCGCAAAUUCCAUUAUUUCUUACAGUUCAUGGCAUAGUCAAAUUCGUUGCUUGCUUCACAAUAAUUCUUGCCUAUUUUCAAGCAAGAUGCCUAGAAAAUUUUAGAUAUUUCUUUGAAUUAAUGCUAAUUAAUAUUGUAAUACAUAUACUGUUUGGAAUAUUUUUCAUAGUAUGGUUUAUACUCGGUAACGUGUGGAUCUGGACAGUUGAUACAAGUGUAAUACAAACUACUGAUCAGACUCAGACUUCAACAUACUGUGAAAAUACACUCUAUCAAGCAGCUAAACAUUUGCUCAUUGUACAUUAUAUAUUGUUUGCACUUACACCCAUACUUGGAAUUGCCCUUGUAGUGUAUAAAAUACUAAGAAAACGAGGAACGAUACCAGCAGAAGUGCAAACCGGCGACUACGAACUACAACAAAGAUGGUGA